AUUUAAUAGAAUAUUUUUUUAUUUUAAAUUAUAACAAAAAAUAAUUAAAUAGCUACUUUUUAUGCAUAUUGCAAAUUCAUGAAUAUAAUAUGUUGUGAACCUAAAAAAAUGAUCUAAAUCAAAUGCUCCAUUAUUAUUUUCCACCCAUAAACGUACACUAAAGAAUCAGUAGUCCAACUGUUCUAAACACACAAUAAUUUUUGCCAUCACACACACCUGCUUUCCAUGAUCCAACAGUACCUUUUGGCCAACUAUACAAUUUCCCUCCAUUUCUCUUUCCUUCCAUCUUUCCUUCUUUCUUUCCUUCCCCGCUUCUUCUCUAUAUAUAUACUUCAUAAACCAACUGCACUUUUCCCUUCCCUCACAAGAUAUGGGAAUAUUUAUCAUGGAAUGUCACCAAACCAGCUUCAGUUGUAACCAGCAAGAUAAUCAUGAUGAUCAUGAUCAUCGUGAUAGUAGUGAUCGUGAAGAUCAGAUUGAUCUUCAGUAUCCUAGUUAUUUCUCUUCUCAGCGGAGUCUCCAAUCAAUUCCUUCACUCGCUUCCAAUUUUAAACCCCAAAAUCACUACCAGUUUUGCUUAAUCUCCGAUUUCAAGCCUCAUUCAACCUACCUUUCUGCACUCACACUCGCCGGGAAGCUCGUCUUCACCGGCUCCUCAGACCGAGAAAUCGGCUCUUGGAAUAUCAACAACAGCCACAAUAAUAACAUCGUUUUGGCUGGAAACGGGGCCGUUAAAUCUCUCGUCGUUUCUGGCGACAAGCUCUUCAGCGCACACCAAGACAACAAAAUAAGAGUUUGGAAAAUCGAAAACGAAAACGAAGACAGCAGUAGAGAAGACAAGAACAAUCAGCACGCGAUGAAGUACACGCGCCUAGCCACGCUCCCGACGUUAGGUGACCGAGCGGCGAAGCUCCUCUUGCCCAAAAACCAAGUCAAGAUUCGCCGCCACAAGAGUUGCACGUGGGUUCACCACGUGGAUACGGUGUCAGCUUUGGCCUUAUCGCCGGACGACCGGUUCCUCUACUCAGUCUCGUGGGACCGGACGCUGAAGCUGUGGCGGACGACCGACUUUAAGUGCCUGGAAUCGAUCACCAACGCCCACGACGACGCAAUAAACGCCGUCGCUCUCUCGUCUGACGGCGUCGUUUAUACGGGAUCGGCGGACAGGAAAAUCAAGGCGUGGAGGAAGAGAAUUAGCUUGGGGGACAAGAAACACUCUUUGGUCUGUACAUUGGAGAAGCACAAUUCGGGGAUUAACGCCUUGGCGCUGAGCAACGACGGGUCGUUUCUUUAUUCUGGCGCGAGUGACAGGUCGAUUGUCGUUUGGGAGAGAAUCUUUGAAAACGACAGUGAAGAUAACACGAUUAAUGUUGUCGUUUUGGGGGCCCUGAGAGGGCAUGGGAAGGCUAUAUUGUGCUUGGCAGUGGUUGAGGACUUGGUGUUUAGUGGUUCAGCAGAUAAAACGGUUAGAGUUUGGAGAGGUAUUGAGAGAAGCUAUUCUUGUUUGGCUGUUUUGGAAGGUCACACUGGCCCAAUCAAGUGUCUAACUGCUAGUAGUAGUAGUAGUAGUAGUACCGUUGAGGAUUGUGAUACGACGUCGUCUGGUGGUGUUAAUUCGUAUGUGAUUUACAGUGGCGGAUUGGACUGUCUAGUUAAAGUUUGGCAAAUUAUUGUUCCCAAUAAUCAACAAUUUCUCUAAUCUAAUAAAUAACUCUUGAUGAGAUGAGUGUGAGAUUAAUUAAUUAUAUAUAAUGCUCGCAUUGAUUAGGGGACUAUGUAUUAGAUUUGGUGGUAAGCGAUUUGGUGUCGUGUACAUAAUAUGAUCAGUUUAUCAUUUUUCCUUUUGAUAAUAUUUUGACUUUUCUUGUUCAUUUUGUUUAGUAAUUUAUUGUUUAUUAAGAGGAUAAUUAAGCCGAAUGA